AUGUCGCUGUCCAAAUGUUGCAUCGAAGGUAAACUCUGGGACGGCGAACCUGUGGGGGAAAAAAGGUCUGCACAGGCCAAAAGAGCUACGUAUCUGGAAACAAUCCUCAAGCUUCACGCUGACCAGUAUGCAAAAGAAGUGAAUACUACAGUUUACAUGCUAGACUUCUAUGGUGGUGAAGUACUUCCGGCCGAAUUCCUAAAAGAUAUGUCGCAACUACGCAAGGUCGACCUACCCGGGGUCAUGGUCCGUAGCUCAAAAGAAACCAGAGAACCCGAGCUUCUCAGAUUUGCAACAGAACUAGGAUCCCAAUACAACCGCGUCGGUGCCAUAAGUUUCUGCCGGGGCGGCUGGGCAGUGUUCAAACUCGGCGCGAGGAGCGAUAGUAGCUUAGUAUACUGCAUCUCCGCGGUGCAUCCGUCAUUGUUGGAAAAGUUGGGAAUAGAACAAGUCGAAGUGCUAGUCCAGAUUCUCGCGCCUGAGAAUGAUUUCAUGUUCUCACCGGAAAUGAAUGCAUUUGCUAAUAGGGCGGUUCCGCGCUCAGGGGUGUCGUACGACUAUCAGCACUUUCUCGGAGUGUAG